AAUCUGCAGAACUGACCUGUUCAUCACAAUGAAGCUGCUGUUUUCUCUGUUUCUUCUCUGGGCACUCUCCACCACAGCUGGAGCCCUCCAGUGCCAAACCUGCACAAAUUCAGCAUGUUCAAGCACAGCACUACUUACAUGCUCCUCAUCGGAACCAAUGUGUGUUACAGCUACCAUUCUAGCUACUUCAUCUGGAACUCCGGUCACACAAAUCUACAAGGCAUGUGCAUCUUCCUCCCUGUGUCCAGCCGUAACCUCUCAGACAUUUUCAGUCGACCUGGGUUUUCAAAGUGCUCUGGCUUCUGCUCAAUGCUGCAACACAGAUAACUGCAACUCAGCAACUCUACCAAAUCCUGCUUCUCAGUCAAAUAAUGGUGGAGUAUGCAACUUUUGUGACCCUUCCACUGGUCAGUGCUCCUCCACAUUACAGUGUCAGGGAGUGGAGAACCAAUGCUUCCAAUCAACCAUCAAAAGCGGCACCAGCACGUAUCCAGGUUACGGCUGCGCAUCUGCAAACCUGUGUGCAGCUGCUUCAAGCCUGGGUUCUCUACCUUUCAUGCAGAGCGUUGGUACAGUAUCAGGUGUUGCCUGUUCUGCAGCACCAACUACAACUGCUGCCCCAACUACAACUACAACAACCACCACCACCCAACUACAACUACCACCCCAACUACAACUACAACCACCCACAACUACAACACCACCCACCCAACACAACACACACCCCAACUACAACUACAACCACUGCCAACAACUACAACCACCCCAACUACAACUACAACCACCACCCCAACUACAACUACCAACCACACCCCAACUACAACUACAACCACCACCCAAACACUACACACCACAACACACCACUACAACCAACCACCCCAACUACAACACACCACCCCAACUACAACUACAACACCACCCCCUACAACUACAACACCACCCCAACUACACUACAACCACCACCCACAAACUACAACCACCAUCCCCAACUACAACUACAAACCACCACACACUACAAUACCGCAACAACUACAACCAACCACCCCAACUACAACUACGCAAACUACAACCACCCCAACUACAACUACAACCACCACCCCAACUACAAGUACAACCAGCCACACACAACCACCACCCCAACUACAACCACCGCCACAAUACAACUACACCACCACCCCAACUACAACUACCACCGCACACACACACCACCCACUACAACUACAACCACCGCCACAACUAA